CUGUGCUGUCGAUCAACAACGGUUGGUAUAUAAACAGUAGGCUACGUAGGCCAUUGAGUUUCUUUUUGAAGUUUGCAAUAAGCUAUAGGAACCCACCAUGUCAAUGCGGUAUGGCUCAGUUGAGCUUAGUGUGCCUCCUGGAUUCCAGAAUAUCUUAUGGCUAUUGUCUCAGGAGGUUCUACGAGUCAACCCAGAGAAACCAUUGGAGUUUAUUGCUGGAUUCAUGGAUGAUCUUCUAGCCAUCAGGGAAGCAUCUGGUUAUGAUCCAGUGACUCAAGGUGAUAUGAUGUCUAGGGUACAGGAACAAUACUGGCGAGUCCAACAAGAGAGACAAAACAGCAAAAAUGGCAGUGAAGCAGUAGCUGUGAAGAGACCCUACCACUCGCAACCCAAUGAUGAAGCUGGUGACAAUAAUAAGGAGCUUGCUACAGAUAAUGCAGAUGUUCUGGCAACACUUGCCAUGCAUCAACAUCAGGGAGAAGGAACUGGGACUUCAGCAGAUAAACAAGAUGAAGUUGCUAUGCAACAGGAAACGUGUUCCAAACAACUCGAGUCAGAACCUACUGAGGAAGAAGACAUCGAGGGUGACACCAUUCAGAAGGAGGGGACAGAAUUAGGCGAGCCGGGGCAGGACGCUGACAAAGUUGAAGAUAAUGGUAAUGAAGACUCAGACCAGAACGCAGAAGAUGAGGGCUAGCAUAUCGUCAAAUUCAUGGUUUCAGAAAACCAAAGUUGAGUCUAAUCAUUGAGUCAGUGCAUAUAAUAAUGUUUCUCCCAAGGUGUAGCAUUGAUACAAUCACUAGUUUGUAGUUUACAAACAUUGUAUCAGCUAACAAUCCUGGAUGUUCACACAAAACUUGAGUUAGGAAUGACCACAUACAAGAUGCAAUGCUAUUCAAAACAAGCUGCAAUGUUUUUGUGCUGACAUUACAAUGUUUACCCCAUUCGUACAAAAUGAGAGUAUUUUGAGUCAUACAAAAUCAUUGCCAGAUAUAGGGCACUCUCAGGCGUGAUAAUAUUUCUAUUCUAAUCC